AGUUGUGUUACAGAUUCCUCCCGCCACAAACCACUGGCGCUGUGUUCCGUAAUGUCGCAUUUUCAGUGUGAGACUGAAAGAACCUUAUGGAACAAGGCCACAAGCACAUGUAAAAGUCUGGAGUAGGCAUGUGGAUUCCAACGAUUUUGUGAUAUAAUUUGUUAACACUUGACCAAUUGUAUAAAGAGUGGGGAGUUGAUUUCGGUUAACUUCUUCUUGGUUUCUUUAAUAUUACUAUUUUGAGGCCUAUUGCUUUAUCACUAUCACUGCUGUGAAAGAUCAAGGAGUUAGUAGGCCUGUAUUUCAGUGGGUGACAUUUCAGUAACAGAAAAGCAAACCUCCGUAACUUAAUUGCAUACUUCAGUUCAGUUGAUCAUAGAGGGGCAAGAGGGAUUGUCUUGAGGCAACUGAAGCAAUUAUGGCUGAACAAGGAGCUUACUCAGUGACUUCUGAACUGGAUAAUAUAAAUAAUCAAAUUGAACAACUUUACCAAGACAAUCAAAGGACCAUGAGUUCUAAACUCCAGAAUGAGCUACGAGGAUUUUAUCAAAUGAAAGAAGUGGUUAUCCAAAAUCACUAUCAGCAUGUUUUUGAUACGAAGGAAAAAAGCCUGGAUCUUAUGUUGAAGGAAGUGGAAAAACUUGUACUGAAAUUCCAUUCUUUCAGUGCAAAUGAAACCGCGAAUCUGCUUUCGAUCUUUAGCGAACAUCAUAGACUUAUAAAUGUGAAAUUAAUUGAAGCCAUUGCUGAAGAAGAGAAAUCCAGAUUAGUAAUAGAAAACAUGAGACAAGAAAUUAAGAUGCUAAAACACCAACUGCUUGAAAAGUCAGCAGAACUGCAGAGAAAAGAUAAGAGGUUGAUUGAACUGGAGAUAGCUGCUGAAAAUGCAAACCUACCGCCACAGUUAUCUAACACUGAUCAGGCUUUGGAGACUCAAGCAGAAAGAAAACUGAAGCAUAUUUCAGAUAUUGAAAUGGAUAGCUUUAGCGAUCGAGAAGAAACCCCGGCAACAGUUGAUAGUGAUAGCAGCGUUGAUAGCAGCUAUCAUUCUUCUGAAUCACGCAUUCGUCACUCUCGCAAGACACACAAAAGAAACGAUACGCCAUGGAAUUUUGGAACGUGGUAAUAGAAGAAUGGAGUUUGAGGCCUCUUGUAAACCAAAGAGCAUUUUAAAUAACGCAACUCUCUAAAGAGAAACAAAAUUCUAUUUCAGCUUUUUAGUCCCUACUUGGAAUGGUAAAUUGUCUUGUCGUUUAUUAAUUUAUUGAAUCCCUUUUGGUAAUCAUUUAUUUGUUAUGUAAUAACACGUUACGAAAUUUGAUAUGGACCAUAAGAAACGCGUAAAUACAU